AUGUCUUCCGGGCAUAAUGAUCCGAAGCUCCUCUACGCUGUAGAGGGCAUCAACGCCUAUCACAUUUCCAAUGGCAAAGAGCAGUCCCUCACUCCCUCAGGACCCCAGACCCUGUCCCUCCUCAUGGUUCCGACCUCAUCUGGCUUUGUCGAACCUUCAGGCAGUGGCUCUGAUGGCGAGGAGGACUUCUACCUGCACCUUCACCUGCCUCCUGAGCUCGACCUCCCUCUUCCCGCUACGACCCAGAUCUACCACCAACCACCUACGAGCUAUUUGAUUCCUCGCUGGGAUCUCGGCCCCGAUAGCGGCGCUUUCACCAGGAUCGAAUUCCCUCCCACAAACUCCAGGUCGGGUGUUCAGGAAGAUGUCGAUACUUUCGAGACCAUUCUUGCCCAAUGCACCGCUUUCCUUGAAAGAGCAGCCCCUCCUCAGCCCCCAAGACCCUCCGAGAAGGCCCAAGCCAAGGCGCGCGAAGCAGCUGGCGAGCAACUCCCGGCUUACAACCCGGCUGACUAUAACCCCGGAGAAGGAUAUGUACAGGGGAGCCAUAGCUCACAUACUGGGGGCAGGAUUGUUCUCAUCGAUGAGGAAGACGGCAGUGUCCUUGGAGAGUUGACCGAUAGCUACCAAGUGGUGGAAGACAGCAAAAUCAAACCCGGUUCCAAAGAACCUGUCGAGAUUGCUCUUCCUACAGAUGGCGGCCAGAACAUUUCUGUGCAGCCUGUGUCGCAGCCAUGGGCUGAGAUGGACAUGCACCCUGCCUAUAAAAAGUCAACAAUUGUGAACAGUGCAAGUAAGGCAUCUCGCCUUAUUGUUACAACUUCCGAUGUUGUCUCUAGAACCCUUCAGAGCCAAGCCGACAACUUCACAAAGAACACAAAGCCCCUCGCCAAGCCUGUGACUUUUGCGCCUACAACACAUGCGCAUAUUCGCCGAAUCAACAACUUCUCUAACAAAGCAGCCACAUUUUCGGCUAGCACAGUGGGCACUAUCGGCAACAUGGCACAGAACCUGGGUGCAACCGUCACGCGUCGCAAAGAUGGUAGAGCCAGAGGUUAUGACAAGGACGGUAAUGCGAUCGAUACCUAUAAGCCAGGUGUUCUGAACAAGAGCUUGAUGGCCUUCAAUACUGUCGUUGAUGGAAUUGAGCAAGCCGGUCGCAAUCUCCUCACUGGCACAUCAUCCAGCGUGACAACCGUUGUCGGCCACCGAUGGGGUGAGGAGGCUGGCGAGUUGUCCCGCAACCUUGGCGGCGGUGUUAAGAAUGUGGGACUUGUCUACAUUGAUGUGACGGGUGUAUCGCGACGUGCCAUCCUCAAGAGUGUUGCUAAGGGCAUGGUGGUUGGCAAGGUCAAGGGAGGUGGUGAGAUCAUCGUGGGAGGCACCGAUAACAACAACCCUAACUUCGAGACAAGAGAGGGCAAUGGUCAGGGCUCACACAACACAUAUGGCGAUAAUGUGAGCAUCGCCAGUGGAUAUGAUCCCAAUGGUAAGAAGCCUGCUAAGGGACAUUACUGA